UCGUUAUUCGUCGAGCCCCUCCUCUCAUCUCCUUUUCCCGAUUGCCCCCUCCUCCCUUCUCCACUCCUCUCCCUUCUUCCCGAUACAGUCCGUACGUUCCUCCCUCCAUCUUCAUCUCCAUCUUCAUCUCCAUCUUCUUCCUCCCUCGUCAAGAUUCCCUUUUUUUCUCUCUCUCUCUCUCUCUCUCUCUCUACUUUCUCUCUCUACUUUCUAAAAUUGAUUCGAGAGCAGUGUUGAGGGAGGGAGGAGAGGGGGGGGAGGGGGUUCGUUUCCGCGCUUCUGCUCGCGCGUCCUCUUGCUCGAGGCUUUCCGCUUCCUUCUUCCGAACCCCUUAAAGGUCGGGUCUUUCCCUCCCCCCUCUCGAUGGAUCCGGCCGCCGGCUCCGGGCUGAUCCGAUUAGGGUUCUUGGCCGGCUCCGACGAGUGAGCUGUCGCCCGCCUCCUCGCGGGCGGUUUUCCGGCGGCGGGUUUAGGGUUUUGCCCUUUUUCCGUUCUUGAGAGAGAGAGAGAGAUAGAUAGAGAGAGAGAGGGGGAGGUGAUGGAGGAUCGGAACGUGAAGAGGCCGGACAGCCCGGGGCUUUCCGACAUCGUGUUGACCUGCGUCAUGCCGUACAUCGACGACCCCAAGGAUCGGGACGCGAUUUCCCUGGUCUGCCGCCGCUGGUACGAGAUUGACGCCCUCACGAGGAAGCACGUCACCAUCGCCCUCUGCUACACCACCAGCCCCGAACGGCUGCGCAGGAGGUUCAGGCACCUCGAGUCGCUCAAGCUCAAGGGGAAGCCGAGGGCCGCCAUGUUCAAUCUGAUACCCGAGAAUUGGGGCGGGUACGUGACUCCCUGGGUGACCGAGAUCGCGCAGUCUUUCGAUUGCUUGAAGUCGCUUCACUUUCGGCGCAUGAUCGUGGAAGAUUCGAACUUGGAGGUGCUCGCCACGUCGCGGGGACGCGUUCUGCAAGUGCUCAAACUCGACAAGUGCUCUGGUUUCUCGACCGACGGGCUUUUACACGUGGGGCGUUUAUGCAAGACUUUAAGAACCUUCUUUUUGGAAGAAAGCACAAUCAUUGAGAAAGAUGGUGCGUGGCUUCACGAGCUUGCUAUGAACAACACAGUCCUUGAGACUUUAAAUUUUUACAUGACAGAGCUAUCCAGUUUUAGUGUCCAGGACCUUCAAAUUAUUGCCAGAAAUUGUCGAUCGUUAACAUCUGUGAAAAUUAGCGAUUGCGAAAUUCUGGAUCUUGUGGGUUUCUUUCAAGAUGCAACUGCUUUAGAAGAAUUUGGUGGAGGUCUUUUUAAUGAGGAACCAGAAAGGUAUGCUGCUUUAUCGUUCCCAGCAAGAUUAUGCCGUUUGGGUCUAACCUACAUUUCAGAGAAUGAGAUGCCUAUCGUGUUCCCUAUUGCAUCUCGGCUAAGGAUGUUAGAUCUUCUCUAUGCAUUUCUUAGCACAGAUGACCUCUGCUUGCUGAUUCAGCAAUGCCCCAUCUUGGAAGUUCUUGAGACAAGGAAUGUCAUUGGAGACAGAGGAUUAGAGGUUCUUGCUCAUAGUUGUAAAAGGUUGAAGAGGCUUAGGAUUGAAAGAGGUGCUGAUGAGCAGGGUAUGGGGGAUGAAGGAGGCCUUGUUUCGCAAAGAGGAUUAAUGGACUUGGCUCAGGGCUGCCUAGAACUGGAAUACCUGGCUGUUUAUGUAUCUGAUAUCACAAACUCAUCCCUCGAAUGUAUAGGAACUUAUUCGAAGAACCUUUGUGAUUUCCGUCUUGUUCUACUUGACCGCGAGGAAAAGAUAACUGAUUUACCCCUGGACAAUGGUGUCAGGGCUAUUUUAAGGGGAUGUGAAAAGCUAAGAAGGUUUGCUCUUUAUCUGCGGCCUGGGGGCUUGACGGAUGUGGGUCUUGGUUACAUUGGGCAGUAUAGCCAAAACAUAAGAUGGAUGCUUCUUGGAUAUGUGGGAGAGAGUGAUGAGGGCCUUAGGGAGUUCUCCCGAGGCUGCCCGAGUUUGCAAAAACUUGAAAUGCGGGGUUGUUGCUUUAGCGAACAGGCGCUGGCUGAUGCUGUGAUGCGGUUGACUUCUUUGAGGUAUGUCUGGGUGCAGGGGUAUAGAGGAUCUGACACCGGUCGAGAUAUUCUGGCGAUGGUCCGUCCCUUUUGGAACAUCGAGUUGAUUCCUGCUAGAAGAAUAGCUGUUGCCAAUCAGAAUGGGGAAAACGUGCUAAAUGAAGACCCAGCCCAUAUACUUGCAUAUUACUCUCUAGCAGGACCAAGAAAUGAUUGUCCUGACAGCGUUAUACCUUUGGCUCCAGCAAGGCUGCUUACCUCGUAGAGCUGUAUAUACACCCUUUUGCCGAAGAUGUCUUUUAUCUUCUUAAGUGCUCUAGACCCCUGUCAUACGGUUCUGUAUUUUAUCACUCCUCCCUGAGAAAUUUCUCCUCUUGCUUUACUUUUCGUCUUCCGUUUGUUGGAAUUCCUUCUUUUCUCUUUUAUUUUGUCGCAAUAAGAUUGUGUACUUUGUAACCUUGUAAGAGUUCUGCAUCUAAUUCCAUCUGUUGUACAGGGCAACUAGUUUACGGUUUUUCUGCCACACUUUUGUGACUUAUUUUUGAAUGGUUUUGGUAGUUGGAUUU